ACGUCAGGCAGCAGGGUGAAGUUCGCCCCCCAACCUUAGAGGAAGGAAGGAGGGCCCCCGUUGGUCACGCAACUGGGCGGGCACUGGAUCUCGGCGAGGGAGCGUGCCGAUCUGGAAGGGAGUGAUCUGGAGCAGCAUGGAGUCCUUGAAAGACCAGCAGCCGGAUUCCUUGGGAGACCAGCUAUCCAGGGCGGCAGCCCAGGGCCGGGUGCAUGAGGUGCGCGUGCUGCUGGAAGCUGGGGUUUCGCCCAAUGCCCCGAACUCUUUCGGUCGCACCCCAAUUCAGGUGAUGAUGAUGGGCAACACCCAAAUCGCCAACCUCCUUCUUUUCUACGGUGCGGAUCCGAACUGCGAGGACCCAGUCACCCUCUCCAGACCAGUGCACGAUGCAGCGCGGGAGGGCUUCUUGGACACUCUGGUGGCGCUGCACCAAGCGGGGGCGCGGCUGGAUGUGCGUGACGCCUUUGAUCGCCUGCCGAUGGACCUGGCCCAGGAGCAGGGCCAUCGCGAUGUCCUACUGUAUCUGCAAGUUACUGGGGGCGCUACUGCCCAGGCCAGCCCUACAACAGGCACAGCUUCUGCUUAUCCGCCCCCAGACCCCUCGGACCUGCCUGACUUUGAAAAACAACACAAUUAAAUAAUACUUUUAGAAAUAUCAACUGAUUUUUAACAUAGAAUUGCCGUCCCCUGUCCCCAAAUUCCUGCUUCAGCUUCCAUUUCUGUAUCAGUUUCCGAAGUAUUUUGAAAUAAAACCGAGCACUCA